CCUUGACAGCGGCUGGGGUGAGGCCCGCGUCGCGGCGGUGUCUGCUCGGUGCUGUGUCUGUUGGAGGCGCCGCGGCGAUGGCCGUGGACACUCUGUCGCCGGACUGGGAGUUCGACCGUGUGGACGACGGCUCUCAGAAAAUUCAUGCUGAAGUCCAGCUUAAGAAUUAUGGGAAAUUCCUUGAGGAGUAUACAUCUCAGUUGAGAAGAAUUGAGGACGCACUGGAUGACUUGAUUGGAGAUGUUUGGGAUUUCAAUCUUGAUCCUAUAGCAUUAAAGCUUCUGCCAUAUGAGCAGUCCUCCCUUUUGGAACUCAUAAAGACUGAAAACAAGGUCUUAAACAAAGUCAUCACUGUUUAUGCUGCACUUUGUUGUGAGAUCAAGAAAUUAAAAUAUGAGGCUGAAACUAAGUUUUACAAUGGUCUUUUGUUUUAUGGUGAAGGAGCUACAGAUUCCAGUAUGGUGGAAGGUGACUGCCAGAUUCAGAUGGGAAGAUUUGUUUCAUUCUUACAGGAGCUGUCCUGUUUUGUCACGAGGUGCUAUGAGGUGGUGAUGAACGUAAUUCAUCAGCUGGCUGCUCUGUAUAUCAGCAACAAGAUAGGACCCAAAAUUAUAGAGACAACUGGAGUUCAUUUUCAGACUAUGUAUGAGCACUUGGGAGAACUGCUAACAGUUUUACUUACCCUGGAUGAAAUUAUUGAUAAUCAUGUCACACUGAAAGACCACUGGACUAUGUACAAAAGGUUGCUGAAGUCUGUCCAUCACAACCCUUCAAAAUUUGGGAUUCAGGAAGAAAAAUUGAAGCCAUUUGAAAAGUUCUUGCUGAAGCUGGAAGGGCAGUUAUUUGAUGGAAUGAUAUUCCAGGCCUGUAUUGAACAGCAGUUUGAUUCUCUCAAUGGAGGAAUAUCUGUGUCGAAAAAUAGUACUUUUGCAGAAGAAUUUGCACAUAGUAUUCGCUCAAUUUUUGCAAACGUGGAAGCCAAACUUGGUGAACCUUCUGAAAUUGACCAGAGAGACAAGUAUGUUGGAAUUUGUGGGCUCUUUGUACUGCACUUUCAGAUUUUUCGAACUGUUGAUAAAAAGUUUUAUAAGUCUUUAUUGGACAUUUGUAAGAAGGUGCCAGCCAUCACUUUAACUGCCAAUAUUAUUUGGUUUCCUGAUAAUUUUCUGAUUCAUAAAAUGCCAGCAGCUGCCAAACUUGUAGACAGAAAAAGUCUUCAAGCCAUUAAAAUACAUAGAGAUACUUUCCUGCAGCAGAAAGCCCAGUCACUUACCAAAGAUGUGCAGUCUUACUACGUCUUUGUGAGCUCAUGGAUGAUGAAAAUGGAGUCUAUGUUGUCUAAAGAGCAAAGGAUGGAUAAAUUUGCUGAAGACCUCACCAAUAGAUGUAAUGUUUUUAUACAGGGCUUCUUAUAUGCAUAUAGUAUUAGUACCAUUAUUAAAACCACAAUGAAUCUCUACAUGUCCAUGCAGAAGCCUAUGACCAAAACCUCAGUGAAGGCAUUAUGCAGGCUCAUUGAACUUCUCAAGGCGAUAGAGCAUAUGUUCUACAGGAGAAGCAUGGUUGUAGCGGAUUCAGUGUCACAUAUAACACAGCACCUUCAGCAUCAGGCUCUUAAUUCUAUUUCUGUAGCCAAGAAAAGAGUAAUUUCAGACAAAAAAUACAGUGAACAGCGUCUUGAUGUGCUUUCUGCUCUCGUUUUGGCUGAAAAUACCCUAAAUGGACCAAGCACAAAGCAACGACGACUUAUUGUUUCUUUGGCGUUAAGUGUUGGCACACAAAUGAAAACCUUUAAAGAUGAGGAGCUCUUUCCCCUUCAAGUAGUCAUGAAGAAGCUGGAUCUCAUCAGUGAACUUAGAGAACGAGUCCAAACACAGUGUGACUGUUGUUUUUUAUACUGGCAUCGAGCUGUCUUCCCAAUUUACUUAGAUGAUGUAUAUGAAAAUGCUGUUGAUGCAGCUAGAUUACAUUACAUGUUCAGUGCUUUACGAGACUGUGUGCCUGCCAUGAUGCAUUCAAGGCAUUUAGAGUCCUAUGAGCUACUUCUGGAUUGCUAUGACAAGGAAAUUAUGGAAAUUUUAAAUGAGCAUUUGCUGGACAAGCUGUGCAAGGAAAUUGAGAAAGACUUGCGGCUCUCUGUGCAUACUCACUUGAAGCUGGAUGACCGGAACCCCUUCCGAGUCGGCAGGAAAGACUUGGCUCUGUUUUUCUCUCUGAACCCGAUUAGGUUUUUCAGUCGUUUCAUUGACAUUAGAGCUUAUGUAACUCACUAUCUAGACAAGACCUUCUACAAUCUCACAACCGUAGCUCUUCACGAUUGGGCUACUUACAGCGAAAUGAGAAAUUUGGCUACUCAACGCUAUGGGUUGGUCAUGACAGAGGCACAUCUUCCUAGCCAGACUCUGGAGCAGGGACUUGAUGUUCUGGAGAUAAUGAGAAACAUUCACAUAUUUGUCUCUCGAUACCUCUAUAAUCUCAAUAAUCAGAUUUUUAUUGAACGGACAAGCAAUAAUAAACAUUUGAAUACUAUUAAUAUUCGACACAUUGCUAAUUCAAUUCGAACACAUGGGACAGGGAUCAUGAAUACAACAGUUAAUUUUACCUACCAGUUUUUGAAAAAGAAGUUCUAUAUAUUUAGUCAAUUUAUGUAUGAUGAACAUAUCAAAUCCAGAUUGAUUAAAGAUAUUCGGUUUUUCAGGGAGAUCAAGGACCAAAAUGAUCACAAGUAUCCUUUUGACAGAGCAGAAAAAUUCAAUCGUGGCAUAAGAAAACUCGGAAUCACACCAGAGGGACAGAGCUACCUUGACCAGUUCAGGCAGCUCAUCAGCCAGAUUGGUAAUGCUAUGGGCUAUAUAAGAAUGAUAAGAUCUGGUGGUCUUCAUUGUAGCAGCAAUGCCAUUAGAUUCGUGCCUGAUCUUGAAGACAUUGUGAGUUUUGAAGAGCUAGUAAAGGAAGAAGGGCUUGCAGAAGAAACACUCAGAGCAGCCAGGCAUUUGGACUCGGUCCUCAGUGAUCAUACCCGAAAUUCUGCUGAAGGCACAGAAUAUUUCAAAAUGCUUGUAGAUGUUUUUGCUCCAGAAUUUCGAAGGCCAAAGAAUAUACAUCUCCGAAAUUUCUAUAUCAUUGUCCCUCCUCUAACUCUUAACUUUGUAGAACAUUCUAUAAGCUGCAAAGAGAAAUUGAAUAAGAAAAAUAAAAUAGGAGCUGCAUUUACUGAUGAUGGUUUCGCCAUGGGUGUGGCUUAUACCUUAAAGCUUUUGGAUCAGUACCAGGAGUUCGAUUCACUUCAUUGGUUCCAGUCUGUUAGAGAAAAAUACAUAAAGGAGAUAAGAGCCGUUGCUAAGCAACAGAAUGUACAGUCAACUAGUCAAGAUGAAAAACUGCUACAAACCAUGAACCUCACUCAGAAGAGAUUGGAGGUCUAUCUACAGGAAUUUGAACUGCUUUAUUUCUCACUGAGCAGUGCAAGAAUUUUCUUCAGAGCAGACAAGACUGCGGCUGAAGAGAACCAAGAAAAGAAAGAGAAGGAAGAGGAAACUAAAACAAGCAGUGGAGAUGUACCUGAGGGCUCUGUGUCUACGGAUCCUGUUGUGAAAUGAUGGUAUGAAAUCAUCAGAAUUGUCAUACUUUUCCAGUGACAUGGAUGAUAUAGACUGCUUGAUAAAUUGUCAUUUCCUGGGUCACAUCAUGGAAAGUUCUGUAUGGCAGUACUCUAGAGUCAAGCCCAUUUUAUUUCUAAUGCUCUAGUUAUCAAGGGCUGAGAAGCAGAUAUUAAAAUUGGAUCUUUGUCUGGAGUGUAGGCUGAAGAUGCCCCUGCAAGACUCUUUACAUGAAGCUCUGGAAGGGAAAGUCCAGAUUCCCAUUGCUCCCCAUGUCCUGUGUUAUGUGCCCAGGUCCCCAUUGCUCCCGGUGUCCUGUGUUCUGUGUGCUUGUCAUUUGGGUGUGUCUGUGAUCCAUGUUCAUCUCAAAUCAUGGGAAAGUCAGUGCAUAUACUGUGUACACAGCCAGUAAAUACUCGAUUUAAAAAGAGUUGAGCUUGAAAUUUAUGAAACAUCUAUAUCAAAGACUGUGAGUCUGCAUUGAUGCUAGAGGUGAGGCGGGGUGACCGUCUGUGCAGUGUGGCUAACUGGUGAUCCUUCCUGUGUUGUUCAAUUCUGUAUGACUCACAUGAGCUGCUGAUGUCUUUGAUGAGACAUUUUAUAAUAGUUUACAUUGUUUUGGGAACAUUUAUCCUUCAACAGUUGCUUUAAAUUUAAGAUUUACUUAAUCUUCAAAGAAAACUCAGAUUAAGCCAUAGACUCCCACUUGAAGCUUCACUAAGUCUGAAAGCAUUCUGUGAUACUGGGGGAAAAAAGAAUGAAUUAUCCUACAUCCAAACUCAGGUUUCUUCAUUACAUUAGGUUGAAAUUUUGGUGGCAGUUUAGACAGAUUUUUUUUUUACUUUAAAUCCAGUAUAAUCUAAGACAUAUGAUUAAAUAAUAACUGCACUAUGGCAGGCUUAAUUUACCACUGUGAGAAUGAGCCUAGUAAGUCACUUUCUGAUUUUAAAAGAACGAAAGAUUGUGAGUAAAUUAGUUCCCAACAAGCUACUAGCUUUAUUUUUGUAAAGUAUGCUAGUAAAUAGUUAAGUGGAUUAAUCAUGGCCUUUUUGAACGUUUAAUAAUAUGAUGCCUUUUGGAUGAAAAGAAUGGUUUAAAACUUUAAAUGUAAUGCAGACAUUUUUUGGAAAUGCUUGUUUUUCUAUUACAUUUGCCUGCUUAACCAUUUCUUUGGAUAAAACUUGCAAAUAAUCCUAACACUUAGAAUUCUGACAUUGUUCCUUAGUUCCAGCUUUUGGAGUGGAGAUAUAGGGCUGUGCCUGGACUUACUGGUUAGGCUUGGUAACUUUCCCAGCCCAAGCUAAAUACUAUGACUGUUAGGUCAGAAGAACCAGAAUAGAUUGGAAAUGUUUUUUAUUAUAUAAACGUGGCUUAGAGAAUUAUGAACAAAGGAUGGAUUAAAGGCAUUUAAUGUUUGUAAUUGAUACUAACUGUAGAGAUGGCCCUAAAGCAUGCUGCAUAAUUAAUAAUUUAUAUUUUCAUUAUUAUAAAUGUUUAUAUUAAUGAUACUGGAUUUGAUUAUAUCAGAUUAGUCACCAUUUUAUAGUACCAGUAUUUUCUUUUUUAAAAAGUGUUCACAUACUGACCCCCUGGACACUUAAAAUUGGGAAGGAAGUGACAGAUAAUUGUUUUACCUUUAGUUAGAAGUAAUGUCACUACAGUCUGGGUAAAUUAUAAUAAGUUUGUGUAUUUGAAAUAAAAUCUCUGAAGAGAUUUAAAUGGUGUUAAACUGCAGACAGAGCAACAGGGCUUCAGUGUAUUCAUGCUUGAGUUAAUGUAUACAUUGGAUGAUGCUUUUCCUUGCUAACUAUUUUUUCACGAAUACUGUAACUUAAAUAUUAACAUGAGUGUUUUGUUGUAAAUUCACAGAAAACUUAAUGAUGUUCCAAUUCUCAGGAAUUAAGAGCUAACCAUAACAUUGUCAGUUCUAAUUAGAUUUUGUAAAAGACAGUAAGUUUGUUAUCUCACUGGUGGGCGUGGGGGGGGGUUGGUCUCCUUUUCCUCAGCUCUAAUAGAAUACAUUAUGUAUAAUAAAACAUUAAUAAAUAUAAUUUCAGAAUU